GAGGAACAGGAGGAAGAGGAUGAAAAGGAACAAGAGGGAAAGGAAAUAAAUCUAAUGUUGCUUCACACUGACCCAUUCUGAUUCUUAAGUAUAGGCAAAAUCUGCCUUUAUCAGCGUGGACAAUCCCCUCAAACUGUAGGUGGACUUGUCAGGCUGUAUAGCUGUAGUUGACACAUGUACACUAGAGAAAAUUGGAAAAUAUAAUUUACACAUGAGAUUUGGUUGGUUUUUUUGUUGGUUGGUUUUUUGAAAGAAUAUUUACUUUACACAUUACUGAUAGGUACCUUAAACUUUGUUUUUUGUUGAACUCAACAGGAGUUAAUUCUCUCUGUCACUGUUUGUGUUGUUGCAGAAGAUCUGGAUGACUUAAGGAUGGAGGGUGUAACCAGCCUGGUGCUUUCGGGGAGCAAAUUUAACCAAGGUCGUCCUGCUCACCCUGCCGAGCCACAGGCCAAAGUCACACUGAACAUCUGUUCAAGGUGUGCCAGGCUUCAAGGGGACAACAUGAUGGAAAGGACAGAAGACACAUUACAAGUAUUUCCUUCUCCAGAUGAGAUAAUCCCAGACUCAUUGGAUUCUUUACCUGGGACUGAAGAAACGCUGAUGGAAGAAGGUGAAGAUUUUGAGAAAACAUCUAAUUUAACAGAACCAGGAGAAGCCUCCAGUGGAGGACACUCUCUGAAAUCCUACAUGGAAGAAGUGAGUCUUUCGAGGAUCUCCCAUAGCAUGUCAUCAGUCUAUCACGUGAGAUGAGACACACACUUGGCUUUCUCCUUCUAUCUCUUGGGUUCCUAAUUCGUAUCUGUUCACUGGCCAUGUUUAGAAAAGAAUAAGAAAUGAUGUUAUCAAAAUUGCUUUUGUUCCUCAUUGGUAGAGGGAUAGUAUCAAUCCAGUCAUCCUGAAAAUAGAGGAGAGAGUGCAUGAACUGUCAUAUGUUUUCAUUCACAAAACAUUUGUUGAUAUAUGUCUAAUGAGAAACACAUGUUUUGUACUGGGCAUGAGCAAAAAUAAAAGGAGCAAAAUCAGAAAGACACAGCCUUUAUGAGAAGAGCAGUCAUGAUAGGGCAGCACCCAUUCAUAUGCAAAUGCUCGCCUUGCUGCUGUUUGCUGCACCUAUUAAAAUGUAAGACACAUUCUUGGAACAUGCCUUAGAUUCUUGCCUUUAUUUGUUAAGAAACUGAAGAGUGUUCUGUGUUAUAGAGCUUUCCACUGACUGACAGGCAUUUGGAAGCUCUCAGAACUUUUGCAGAGUCCCUAAGACCUGAAACAAAGUCAUGAUGCUCAUGAAGAAUGCAGCUUGAAUCUGCUGGGCAUAAAGGGAUAGGAUUCAAUCUUUGGGUGGAAUGCUAGUUCUCAACAGGAACUGAUCUGCUUCUGCACUUCUUCUUGAAGAGUCCAUUGAAAUGACAUCUGAGCAUACUGGCUUUUGAGUUGAAAGAGAUCAUCAAAGAAAGAGGAUGAAUUAAGGCUGUGCUGUCAGCCAGGUGGUAUAGCCUGUAUGGACAAAAUCUUAAAGGGCUGCAUGAAAGCAUGUUUAUUGACUGUUAAACAAAAGUUCCUCCUACCAAAGCCCCUAAUCUAAUGUAUAUGCUUCCUGAAGAAAAACAUCAUGCCCCUGCAACUUUAGUCCUUACUGUGUAUUGUUUGCAGUAUUUAAUAAUGCAAGACAUUUCAAGGUGUGCCAGGACUGUCUUACGACCAAAGUCACAUAAAGGUUGGAAAGCUCCUUCAGGAAAAACAAACAAACAAACAAACAACAACA